AUGGACGGCGGCAACAACAGUGCAAAGGCCGCCCGGUUCUCAUGCAUGACAUGCAGCAAGGCCAAGGCUAAAUGCGUCAGGAAUAUUGGCGAGCAGAUUUGCGAACGAUGUGCUCGACUCAAGAAAGAAUGCCAUCUGAAGGAGCCGGUGUUACGGAGACGUAAAGUAGUCAAGCCGACACGUGCGGCGCAGCUGGAGAAGAUUGAAUCGAAAAUAGAGCAUUUGGUAAAUGCCUUGUCUUCUGCUCCACUCAACCGACGCGGCGAACACGGCCAACCCUCUCCUUCCAUCUCCCAGCCAUCAGCGCACAUACCCAAUGAAAGGUCGCCCGGUGGCAGCCCCUCUGAAGCCUACAUUGGUCCAUGUCUUGACGACAUCAACAUUCGCCGCACUGGCCCUCCACAGGCCUCACAUCACUCAGAAACACCAGGUGUGCCUCGAGAAGUACCUGUCGCACCUGGCCCAAAGGAAGAUGUUCCAUUGAUUGACAUUACUCUCGACGAGGCUGAGGGUCUGAUCCAUCGCUAUCGACAGCUUCUCUCCCCCGGUCUGCCCUUUGUAGCGCUACCGGAUGACGCCACUGCCCAAUCAAUGCAAGAGCAGAGGCCAGUCCUGCUCCGUGCUGUCACGACCGUGGCAUUGUUCCAUGACCUACCACGACAACAGCUCUUGGUCAAAGAUCUCAUCCGAGCCAUCGGUGAGCGUAUGUUGGUGAAAGGAGAGCAAAGUCUCGACAUACUGCAGGGAAUUAUCGUGCUCAUUGGCUGGUUUCAUCCCCACGUCUUUUGGAAUCGUCAGCUCGGUAACUUGAUCCAUCUUGGAAUCUCCCUGUCUAUGGAUCUGGGUAUCGACAGAAAGACUCAGCAAUUUGAGCAGGAUGUAAAUGAAAAACCGUUGAGGAUCUCAGGACUUGCAGAGAAUCGGGCUCUCCUGGGCCUCUACUUUUACACCAGCAUGCUCUCAUCGAACUUCAAGAAAAUGGACGCCAUGCCCUUCACAGUCCACAUGCAACGCUGCAUGGAAAGCCUAGAUGGGGCGCAUGAAGCUGAGAGCGACCUCUUGCUGGUACAGAUGGUGCGAUUGCAGCGCGUGAUCGAAACGAUCCAUACUACGGACCGCCCAAUCGCACCAGCCCGCCUGUACGUCAAAGCGUACCAAGCAGAUGUUGAACGGCUGCGGAGGCUUGACCGCUGCUCGGAGAACAACACAUUUAUUCAUCUGCAGUAUCUCAUAGCUGACAUGCACAUCGCUGAGCUCGCGCUCGCCGAUCUGGCGGAGAGUAGGGGCGUAUCCUUGAGUGGUCGCUUAGAAGACCUCCAUCGCUGUGUGGAGGCUUUGAAGGCUUUUUUUGAAGUGUUCUUCACGGUUCCCUCCUCGGUCUACUUCCUCAUACCAUUCGCGACAUUUUCACAUUUUGCACACGCUCUCAUUGUUUGGAAGAGGCUUGCUGCAAUAGACACUGAGCAGUGGAGUCUGAGAUCAAUGGUGGAUCAGUUGAAUUUCAACAGUAUACUCGAUGAGCUAGCCACGCGUUUCGAAGAACCUCAACAGGCCGCACUGGACCUUAACGGCGGAUUACCGAUCCACAACGACUCGUUCAGCUACUGGAGUAAGAGAUUACGCUGGCUGAAGCAGAUGUACGCGGCUAGAUCAGACCCAGCAACCACUCGGACUGGGGCAGAAACAGAACAACAAUUCAGAGCUCCCAGCGGAUCGAACCAGCCCACGCCUCCAGAGGACAUAUUCUCUGCCGACUUCUUUAGUAUGGACGACAACUUUUGGAGUUGGGCGGGAGAUUUUGAUCUAGGUUUCCCAGAAGCAGUUAGUUGA